AUGUAGAAUCUACCAUUUUGUCCAAUACAUAGCUAUUAAAUCCUAAAUUUAUUAGAAUUAAGUGAUAGUGAUGCAAGAUUAAUUUGUUGCAGUUGUCUUCUCAAUCUAAUUAAGACAAAAAAUAACUUUGAUUCUAGUAAAAUUGUAGAUCUUGUUUAAGUUAAAUUAUCUGUUAUUUCAAGGUUUAUGAGCAUCCAGAAAAUACUUUUUAAUUUACAGAUGUAAAAGAGAAGACUUCUUUAGUUCAAUUUUUACAUGAAUAAAUAGAACAAUUAUCUGUUAUAAAAUAAUAAAUUGAGGAACUAUUAAACCAAUUAUUAGAAUGGAAAUAAGAAAUAUAGUAAUAGAAAACUAGUUUUCUUAAUGUAUUUAGAUAUUCUGAUUAUAGAUCAUUAAAUAAGAUGAAUUCAAAUAAAACUUUUAAACACUUGCAAAUCAGGAGAAAAAUAUUAAGAAUGAGAUGAUAUAAUAGAUUUAAAAUAAAUUUUACAAUUAUUUUGAAUCUAUUAAGGCAAUGAAUUAAGUAGCCACAUAAAAAGAUUUGGAAAAUUUGGAAAAACUUAAUUAGAAUAUGACUCAAAAGUAUAAUAGAUUUAUUUAUAAUAGAGUUGGUAACUGUAAAAAAUUUAAAAAAAUAUUUAAAUCCAUUAACAAGCUGGAAUAAAAUUAUGAAAAAAUUAUAAACCCUUUUUGGUGUGAAUUAAUAAAUACAAUUGAAAGAAAUGUUAAGCGGUAAAUAAAUCAAAAAAAAAUAAUUUAUAAAAGUUAAGAAAAUGGAUUAACAUUUGAAGCAAUUAGAAAAGCAAUAAUUGGUAAGUAAAAUUUACUUUGGUUUUUUAAAUCAUCUAAUAAUCAGGGUACUGAAUUCGGUGCAUUUACCCCAUAUAUUUGGAUUGAAGGUGAUCAUUCUGGAACCACUGAAGCAAAUCCUUCUUUUUUAUUCUCAAAGACUUUAAAUUAAAUUUAUCCUAUAAUUUAAAAAAUGGGAAAGUGUACAUAAUAUUUUAAUCCUUAACAUAUUUUAUUUGGAGGCACUGGCAAUAGUGAUUAAGAUUUAAGAAUAAAUCCUGAUUUUAAAUCAGGAUAUUCCAGAUUAGGUAUUACAUAUUCAGCCCCUGUAGGUGUUGACACUUCUAAAUAUUCUUCAUAUCUCUUAGGGGCUUUAGAACCAAAUGUGAUUGAAUGCGAGAUUUAUUAAAUAUUAUUUGAAUGA